GGAACGGCUCUGAGGCUGACAGCAAGACGCAUGCGCCCCAGACUCCAUCGCGCAGCUAGCGGAGGUUCUGCGCAGGCGCCGUAGCCCAUAGCAACCGGCAGAAGGCGCUUUCCGCCGUUUCGAAUGGCGAAGGUGUGGUAGGCGGAGUCUUUUGGGGGUCGUGCAGCGGUGUGACGCGUGGGUAGUCUGAGGCCAGCAGUGGAGGGCAGAGCCUGGAGACCGUCGGGGCUCUCUCCGGUGCCACUUAUCAAAACUGCAAAUAGAGAACGAGGGAACAAGCAGGUGCAGCCCGAGGCUACAGGCGACGACGACUCCUGGGUGUCUCAGGGAGCAGCCAUGUCCGCCCUGUACCCAUCUCUGGAGGACCUGAAGGUGGACCAGGUCAUCCAGGCCCAGUCCAGGAUGCCUGCGCUGCUGCUCCCGGCGGCAGCCACCUCCACGUCUCCAGUUUUGUACCCAAACCUGGCGGAACUGGAUAGUUACAUGGGCCUUUCCCUCUCCAGCCAAGAGGUCCAGCAGAGCUUGUCUCCGAGCGCCGAGGGGAGCACGGUAGCCGUCUCUGGCUCCUGGGCAGGCCAGGUGGUGGCACCCGUGUCCGGGAACAACCUGGGCGUGCGGCGUGCGGAGAUCAAGCCUGGGGUGCGGGAGAUUCACCUGUGCAAGAACGAGCAGGGCAAGAUUGGGCUGCAGCUGCGCGCCAUCGACAAGGGGGUCUUUGUGCAGCUGGUUCAGGCCAACACCCCCGCGUCCCUUGUGGGGCUGCGCUUUGGGGACCAGAUCCUGCAGAUCAACGGGCAGGACUGCAGCGGGUGGAGCACGGACAAAGUCCACCGCGUGCUGAAGAAGGCGUUAGCCGAGAAGAUCGUCAUGGUUGUUCGCGAUAGGCCAUUCCAGCGGACUGUGACCAUGCACAAGGACAGCGCAGGCCAUGUGGGCUUCUUCAUCAAGAAGGGCAAGAUCACUUCCUUGAUCAAAGGGAGUUCCGCAGCCCGCAACGGGCUGCUCACCAACCACUACGUGUGUGAGAUCAACGGGCAGAACGUCAUCGGACUCAAGGACAAAGAUAUCACAAAGAUUUUGGGCACAGCUGGGAACGUCAUCACCCUGACCAUCAUCCCCUCUGUGAUCUAUGAGCACAUGGUCAAAAAGUUGUCCCCAACCCUGCUCCACCGCACCAUGGACCACUCCAUCCCAGAUGUCUGAAGCCACGAGGCCUCGGGCCCGCCCACCGUCCUGCAGGUGGGGGCAGCUGCCCUGGGCUGACAGACAGAUUGCAGCUGGCUUCUGCCUGGGGUUGGGGCCGCCGUAGGGGUGGGCAGUGUUCCAGGCGGGUGGACACGAGCUCGGGAAUGGAUCCUUCCCUUAUGCACAAAGCCUGGGACACUUGGCUGGGCUGAGGCCCAGUUCUUGGUCCUGGUUUAAAUGCUGGGCAUGUAGGCAGCCAGCUGCACACUUUUCAAGAUUCCGCCUGAACCAGGAAAGCAGCUCCACGUGUUGAGAACUCUUGGUGAGUUCUUAUGUGAUCUUAUGUGAUCUUCCACACGGUCUGCGUGCAGCCGUAAU